UGAUUAUCUUAAAUAUAGUCAUCUUUUAAAGUAAUAUGUUAUUCAAGAGAAUAUUCUUUUUAAUUAUCAACAAUGACAUUAUUUUAUUUUAACUUAGUAGAAUUUUAAGAGUUUUAUGAUUAGAAAAUAUUAUAUUUUUAAAUAGUUUUAUUCAACUUUAAUUUACGAGAAUUCUAUUAUUUAGACUCUUAUUUGUUUUAUACUUACCUUUUAUAAGAUUCUAUAAAUCUAUGACUAACAUUUUUUUAUCUUUUCCUUUAGAUUUUUUCUUCAGGGAAUAAGGAAUUCCAGAUUUCGAAUAUUCCUCUAUAUUGUUAAUUGUUUAUAAAAUGGAAAAUAAAUAAGGCAAAAGCACGUUUCCAAAUUAAGCUUUACUAAUCUUUAACCUCUAUUUAGCUACUAGUUUAUUCAACCACUAUAUUUAGUAAAUAGUUCUUAAAGUUAUUUAUUUAGUUAUAUUUUUCAAGUUCACUUAUAUAUCCAACCAUUAUUAGAAUAUAUUUGGCCUCUUUUAUACAUGAGUAUUAUUUUAAUAUGUAAUCAGUAAUAUCUUUGACUCUCUACAUAUUUAAAUGAUAUUUCAAGAAUUAUCCCGCAUAAUCUUCCAAAAAAUAAUUAUUUAUUGAAUUCUGAAAAUGAUUAUUUAAAAAA